GGGCGCCGCUUGUCCUGCGGAAUACAGGCACCAGGGACAGAACUUGCAGGAACUAUCUCAUGAAAAUCAUGAUGCUUUGUCCACCAUCAAAGCUUUUUUCUAUAGCUUGAGUGUGGCCUCCCCAUCUGGAGGAAGGAGCUGUAAUGUUUUGCUGUCAGGAUGAGGAGCAGGAUCCCUGUCAUCCUCCUGGCCUGUGGCUCCUUUAACCCCACCACCAACAUGCACAUGCGUUUGUUUGAGCUGGCCAGAGACCACCUGCACCAGACAGGAAGAUACCAGGUGAUUGAAGGCAUAAUGUCUCCUGUUGGUGAUAGCUAUGGGAAGCAAGGCUUGGUGUCAGCAAGGCACCGGGUGGCGAUGGCCAGACUGGCCCUGGAGACGUCUGACUGGAUCCGUGUGGAUCCCUGGGAGAGCCAGCAGGACACCUGGACAGAGACAGUGAAAGUAUUAAGGCACCAUUAUAAUGAAGCACUCAGAACGUUCCAGUCCAAGGAGUUCACAAGAAACAAACUUCCCACGGAAAGUUCUACAGUGGACUCCCUUUCUUGCCAGCAACCAGUUCUACCAGAAUUGAAGCUGCUCUGUGGGGCUGAUUUUCUACAGACAUUUAAGACACCCAAUCUCUGGAAGGAAGAAGACAUCAAAGAAAUAGUGGGGAAGUUUGGUUUGGUCUGCAUCAGCCGGGCUGGCUCUGAUCCAUCCCAGCUCAUCCAGGAAUCAGAGCUUCUAUCUAAAUUUCAGCACAAUAUUUUCCUAGUGAGGGAGUGGAUCCAGAAUGAAAUCAGUUCAACACAGAUCCGCUCUGCCCUGUGCAGAGGGCUGAGUGUGAAAUAUCUGAUCCCAGACUCUGUCAUUGCCUACAUUGCACAGCACAACGUUUACACAGCCGAGAGCGAGCGCACCAACCAGGGGCAGCUGCUGCAGCCCCUCAGGCUGCAAAACACAGCACUAAACCCUCUGAGGGACUGAUUCCUGCACUGUCAUGGAAAUCUCGUGAGAAAGUUGUUUCUUAUUAAUAAUGAAGGGAAAGUCCAAGAUUUCUUGAAAUUGAACAGCUUCUUUGUGAAAAUAAAAACAAGAUCUUCACAAUAAAUAUUCUUAAUAUUUCAAUAA